GAGGGCAACUGUUGUGCCGUAAGCAAGAAGAGAAAAAUAUCCUCUUUUUGAUGCUGCAACUGACGUCAUGAUUCUGCGCUGUUUAAAUUUUUUUUUUGCUUGAUGUUGUAAAUGUGUGCAAAAUAAGCGACAGAGGGUGGGAGAUGAAGUUCUUAUAUGUCAAUGGAUCUAUGUGUGAAGAGCCAUCGUCGUGACGUAAUGGUUUUUUCAGUUGUGAAUGAACAGAGGCGAGGUCCCUAUAUACUUGACAGAUUUAACAACGGUAAUGCUGAGCAACCUGUGCUCCGUCUCCCUCACCUGUGACAGCAGUGCUCUUCAUGCUCCCAUGCGUCAAAUUAAAUCAUUAUUGGCAACAAUACCCACAUGCACAUGAUUAUUCUUUAGCUUCAACAACAUAUAUUUCAAUGAUUUAAUAACCCAAAUGCUGUGUUUGAAGCACAUAACUUGUUCUUGCACAGCCUUUCUAUGUCAUUGAGAAGUAAGACCAGUAACCGUUACAUCCCUCGCUUGUAUAAAUCCAAACUUCAAGGCGGCAAAAUUUGUAAAGGAGUAAUUACGGCAAAUAAUAAUUUUAUUUGUACAUAAAACAUGACACAAAUUGCUUAAGGGAUGCUGUAUUUUACCCAAUUAUGCUCACAGCAAUGUCCAACAUUAUCAAUAUCUGAUAAGGAAGUCUUCCUCAGAGUGUUUUCUCCAUCUUACAAAUAUGUGGUAGAUUGUCUCACUGUUGGCAAUCAUUGCUUCAUGGCCGUUAAGUGGCUUUUCAAGCCUUCAGUGGGUUGUUAAUUCCUCCUUUCACUCAUCAACGUUGGAGACGGCCAACAGCUGGUCAGACUGAGCGGCAGCUGAAGCGAUGACAUCAUCUGUCCUCCAAGCGAGUGAUGCAGCAGGGAGGAUGAGGGCAGCAGAGGGGGGUGUUGCCUUGGUGAUGUCACUGCCAUUGCUGGAUUGGCUGGGGGCGACGGUGAUGUCACACAUCUCCAAGCUGGUCCGCUGAGCUUCAGGUCCUGGCUGGUGUCGCCGGAGAGACAGACGGGGAAAGUUGCAUUGAUUUCAGUGCUGCUGGUUGAUGGUUGCAGAUGCUUGAGCCGUGUCUGUUAGCACAGGCUCUUGUGGAUCAGCAAAGGGUGUGUGCUGGACGUGCAGCCAACCCGCACUUGCAGCGAAAUAUGUCCCCUGCUGAUUUUGAUCAUCGGAAAUUAAAGGAUAAAACGGAGCUUGUUCAUUCUGCGGCCUGGAUCUGUUUCCUUUGAGAUGACGUCAGUUUUUUUCAAGGCAGGAUGGGAGUGAUCAGCUGUAGGCAGGAGACCAUGAGAUGGACUAAAAGAAGGAGCAUAUAUAUUUUGUUGAAAGGACAGUAAAGUUGUAGAGGUCGGCAUGGAGCGAGAGGAGGGAGAAACGUCUGAGUCGACGAGAUGUCGAGAUAAAGUCCUCUGCUACAUCAACAUGCAGAGUCCAGCUUUACCCCCCAAACCAGUCAAGCCUUCAACUCCGGCAGCCUCCAGCAGCUUUAACAACAGUAUGGCCCUGCAGGACGCCGAGUGGUACUGGGGAGACAUUUCCAGAGAGGAAGUGAAUGAGAAGCUGAGAGACACAGCUGAUGGUACGUUUCUGGUCCGAGACGCCUCCACAAAGAUGCACGGAGAUUACACUCUGACUCUGAGGAAAGGAGGAAACAACAAACUUAUAAAGAUUUUUCACCGGGAGGGCAAAUAUGGCUUCUCCGACCCAUUAACCUUCAGUUCGGUGGUGGAGCUCAUUAACCAUUACCGCCACGAGUCUCUGGCCCAGUACAACCCCAAACUGGACGUGAAGCUGCUGUACCCAGUCUCCAAACACCAACAGGAUCAAGUGGUGAAGGAGGACAGUAUUGAAGCUGUGGGUAAGAAGCUGCACGAGUAUCACCUGCAGUACCAGGAGAAGAACCGAGAGUACGACCGGCUCUACGAGGAGUACACCAGAACCUCACAGGAGAUCCAGAUGAAACGGACGGCCAUCGAGGCGUUUAAUGAGACCAUCAAGAUCUUCGAGGAGCAAUGUCAGACUCAGGAGCGCUUCAGCAAGGAGUACAUCGAGAAGUUUCGCCGAGAGGGCAAUGACAAGGAAAUCCAGAGGAUCAUGGAAAACUAUGACAAGUUGCGGUCCAGGAUUAGCGAGAUCGUGGAUAGCAAGCGCCACCUAGAGGUCGACCUGAAGAAACAGGCUGCCGACUACCGGGAGAUCGACAAGAAGAUGAACAGCAUUAAGCCAGACCUGAUCCAGCUGCGCAAGACUCGGGACCAAUAUCUGAUGUGGUUGACCCAGAAGGGCGUUCGGCAGAGGAAGCUGAACGAGUGGCUUGGCCUGAAAAACGAAACCACAGAAGACGAGUACAGCAUGGUGGAGGAUGAGGAGGACCUUCCUCACCACGACGAGCGUCUGUGGCGCCUGGGAAACAUCAAGCGCGGACAGGCCGAGUCACUGCUGCGUGGGAAGAGAGACGGAACCUUCCUGGUCCGAGACAGCAGCAAGCCUGGCUGUUACGCCUGCUCCGUGGUGGUGGACGGGGAGGUGAAGCACUGCGUCAUCAACAAGACGAGCACGGGCUACGGUUUCGCCGAGCCCUACAACCUGUACGGCUCGCUGAAGGAGCUGGUGCUGCACUACCAGCACACCUCGCUGGUGCAGCACAACGACUCCCUGAACGUCACGCUGGCCUUCCCUGUCAACAGCAACCUUUCACUGACCAGGCUCUGACCCCACGACCUCCUGCCACAUCAACUCAACUCAAGAGCUACAGUUGGAGGCGCAACAUCGUGAGGGAUGGAUGACGUGAUGACAAGCACCAACUUCCUGUUUGGGCUCUUGAAUAUUGAUGACACUGUUUGUACUGUUGUUUUUACAUCACUGGUGGCCCAGUGUUCCAGCCCUCCUGCAGAGAUGGGCCAUGCUUCUGCCAACAAAUCCUCCACCACGUCCUGAUUUUGGGUUUGACAUAGUCCGUCAGCACCACCUGUCAGAGUAGGAGGGCACCUGCAAGGCUCAUGUCUCUAUAUUUCUCGAUUCAGUUUAUUUCCUGACUGCACGCUUCGUUGUUCGCUGAAUUCCAAACGUGUAUCCACCAAGCUUUAUUGGUGAACUCACGCUCUCCCCCUAGUGGUCAGAGCUGGCCAUCUCUCUGAGCAGGAACAUGAACUUGUAUGGCAACUUUCAUUCCCAUUUCUGCACAAAUAAUGGCCUAAAAGUACGACCACAGCGAUGAUGUUGAUGAUGUCAGAAGAACAGUUGGACAAUCUUGUGAGAACUUUCUUUGUUUUGCGAAUCACUGUGAGCGACCCAGAACGAGGUUCCAAAAAUGAGGGCGAGUUGACUGACCCCGCAUUUCAAAUCAGGAGAAUGAAACUAAGCUGCAUCUCGACGUCAUCCAAAGAUUUUCCUCCGUCAGCUGUUUUUGUCUGGCGUUUUCCUCGGAAAACCGCUGUCACCUUUGUUUCCCAUGGCAGAAACAUUUCAACAUUUCUCAGCACAAUCCAGAACUCUCUGGGCACCUUCAACGGGUGAGAAGCUCACCCACUCUGGACUGUGAACAUUUCCUUAUUUUCAGGAGUUUCAGCUUUUUCAUGGACAGUUGGAAACAUUCCUGCUGAAGCUCCACUGGUGUAAAUGAUUCUUUUAAGCCUUCUUCUAAUAUUCAUCUUUCAAACCUGGGUACAAAACCGUGAUGUCCUGGACUUGGAAGCUGCGGAUCACAUCCUGGUUAAGCUUAUUUCGACACACACUCGAAAACGUCCGCAACGUUUCAAGCUCUUCUUUUCUUCCCAUUUUAAAUGUGUUUCAAAAGAGUUCACUUGUUUUCAUUCCAGUACAACACCAAACUGAAACCAAACAUGUGAUCACAAAAAUAGUAAUAAUGAAGCGAUUCAUUAGACCUGCUGUUCUGCAGCUGUGAUCAAUAAAGCGUUUGUUCCAAACACAGA